AGCUCAAGCCUCGUUCGCGCGCUUCGGUUACCUCGCGCAGCUGCAGCACAGUGCAGCGCAGCUGAUGCGUAAAGAUGGCCGGCAUACCGAUACAAACGGAUAGGCUCGCAACGUCUGGUCCAUACGUAUCGCGGGAUUAGUAUGAAGACGUAUCAUCAGCGCACAUAAUCAAGAAGAUCAUCCGGCAUGAAGCGUAAUCGGAGAUAAGAAACAUCGUCCAAUCGGAGGGACCACAUUCUCCGAGAGCGAUAAAUUUGCUUUGUCCUAGGAGCGACGAGAUGAGCGUGAUAGAAACGACGCAGCAGGAUGCAGUGAUCACUUUUUUCUCUACAAUGAUAUUCCUUGUAUGGCGAUCGUGCGGAUAUUAUAGACACUACGGAUAUCACAGACAUAGUACAUGUCAUUGUGAUUAGAGUUAAAAUUUUGUAACAGAUAUAUAUCAGGGCCUAUCUCUCUCUUCAACAGCUGUUGAGUAAUAUCAUGGCUUAUGACUCGCGUAACGUGAAAUAUUCCCCAAACACUCAUGCUCAUCAGCAUCCUACUCGACCUAACAUGACUGGGUAUGCUUACUCUGGCCAUCCACCGCAGCACUUUCAACAGACUGACGAGAACAGAAAUGAGAACAACUUGUGUAGCACCAAGGAGCACUGUCCACCAAUCUCACAGCAGUCAUCAGGCACACAGACAGUGCAGAAAGUUGAUGCUGCGACUAUGACAGAUCCUCUGCAGAUUGAUUUUAGACUCACUUCCGAAUACCUGGCACGUUGCUCCAGUACAUUAGGUUUGCCAUAUGUACCUAAAUACGAGGACAGCAGUAAUAAUUCUACGCAUAGCUGUCAAGCAGUGAGGCCAAAAAUUGAAUUUGAGAUUGAACCGCAGCAUAUUAAUGGUAUGUUGAUUUAUCAUUGUCCCGAGUGCGCGUAUAGAUUCGAUGAUCGGGAGGCGCUCCACGAACAUCUGGAAGACCAUAAACAGAGGCCACAUAUUUGUGAUAUUUGUGGGGCAAGCUUGAAACGGAAGGAGCACUUGGAUCGUCACAAGCAAGGUCAUAAUAAGGAUAGGCCUUAUCAAUGUAGCAUGUGUUGUAAAGCGUUUAAACGUAACGAGCACUUGGCGCGUCACAUGAUCACUCAUUCAGGUAGCAAGAAUCAAAUUUGUACCGAGUGCGGCAAAGCUUUCUAUAGGAAGGAUCAUUUGAAGAAACAUUUGCAAAGUCACAAUAGCGGUCGAGGCAAGCAUUUAAAUAUUUCGCAAAAUAAUCAGAAUGAUCAGCAACCGGGCGAUGAAGGACUGAGUGGUUUUGCAAUGAUGAUGAGACAGACGGGACCUCCCCCGUUUUCAAUUUUACGGACUUAGUUAUUUACAUCUAUAACGAUUGUGUAACAUAUAUUCUUAUCUCCGUCUAUAAGCCAAGGUCGUUUCACUAUUUCGAUGAUUUAAUUCUGUAAGAUUUAAUACGAAUUUAAUGAGCUUUAUCGAAUAUACUUAACUUUGCGGAAUAAUCGUUAAUAAUAUAAGAAUAAAAUAAUUGUUAAAAUAUAAUAUAAGAAUCCAUGUUCCUAAGGGAGUAUAUCUUAUUACUAUAUACUUUGUCAAUAAGUAGGCGAGAUUACGAUAAUGUUACAAUUUUGUAAUAUCCUUUAUAAUACACUAUAUGUGUAGGAGGUUGUCUAUAUUAAGAAUGUACCUGUUGAGAUUUUUUGAACUUGAAUAAGUUUGCGUUAAAAUUCAAAAUAAUCGUUAUUAUCAAUGAUCUUUUUUAUAUAGUAUUAUUUAUUCUUUAAAAAAAAAGGAAAAAGGUUGGUCUCUUCUAAGAUUGUAAUUCCAACAAAUGUUUUUUUAUAAAUCGUGCGUUUAAUACGAGCAGUCAGAACACAGUUUAUUUUAUUUCUAGACUGAUCGUUUUAAAUUAGAUUUAAACUUGAUUAUUUUUUAAGAUUUGCUAUUCAUUGUUUAUUAUUCAGAGCGAUAGUAAUCUUUGUUGCAUUAAAAAAUAUAUAAAUUUAGUAGGCGUUAGAGGACAAUAGAAAUGGAUUAUGGCAUGAAGUGCGUUAGUUGUUUAUAUAAUAUUGAUGACAAUAGUAAAACGGAGAGAAUAAUUACCAACAUACUUGGCAAUACAACGCAAUAAGAUAAUUCUCAAAUUUGUUAGCUUCUUUGUCUUUUGCGUUUGAAUUAGAAAAACAAGGGUAAUCUCCGCACAUCAAAUUGGGAGACUAAAAUUACAGCGUAAUAUUGUAAAACGCUAAUAUUGUAGAAAUAAAAAUCUGCAAUUUUUACA